AUGCCGGACCUUAAAGCAUUCCAGUUUUAUGUCAACAAGAUGGCCCAAAUCUGCGAUAACGAACGAGGCGGGGAUACAGUUAGCGCUCUUGCAAUACUUCGAGGUUCUUUCGGCCCCAAUUAUGUAUUUGGCUUUAACUCGAAGGAUACAAGGGAUCUCAAAAGGACGCAGAAUUUGGUGCAAGCAUUGUUAGACCUGGUGGGCAAGAACACAGAAGGUUUGCAGAGUGCUGCGUUAGGGAAGCGAGUUCUUUGGUUCAUUCUAUCAUUCAACAUGUCACGGCUUAAGGAGUACCUGAGACUCCUGGAAAAAGCGGUACAAGAGUGCCUAGAAAACUGCAAAAGAAGGAAUGAAGAUGAAGCGUCCGAGCCAUCUCAGAGCCUCUUAUCUUUGGCAGACAAAUGCAGCUUUAAACUAGAUAUCUCCGAAUCUAAUACAGAAGAUAAAUCUAUCAGUGACUGCGAAACAUUGAUCAAGGCUAUCACCAACCUAGAGCAAGCAGGAAUCAAUCAAAUGAUCUCACAGAGGGCCAAAGAUGGAGAAAUGAAAAGAUCCGAACCGUGGUGCAAACUCCGACACUUUCUUGGCCGCUGGCUUUCUUACCGCAAAGCAGCUCUCGGCAUUGUUGCUGUUUCUGAAAGAUGGCCCGAGCUAUUCCUGGAUUUUGAGAUUACAAUGGUGCCAUCUGGUUCACGCAUUCCUAACCCAAUCUUGAGAUCCGACCUCUCGAGCGAGAUCAUCCUACAGCAUAUAGUUGCGGAAGACCAAAGCCAGGACUCCCAGCUUCUACAAGCAGCUGACGACCUAAAACAGAUGGGAAUCGACGACAUAAUUAAUGCUGCCCACAUUUCCAGGAGAUUUAGACCUCUGUUGCAUGCGGAAGUUCUGGUGUAUGAAUACCUCCUGAGCAACGAACAGACAACUAUAGAAUGCUACUGGAAUCUUUGGAAUUAUAUUGGCGGCAGUAAGCCAACUUGUCGACUAUGCCAUUACUGCUUCGAAGCCCUUGAAGGCGAUAAACCAAGUGUCCGCUCGUCUCACAACAACUUGUAUCGAAAUUGGCGACUUCCUGAUUGUCACGAAGAGAGCCUUAGCAUAGCUCGGGAUGAACUUCUAAGCAGACUUGCACGGAGGCUAAGGGCAGAUGUAGUAGAAACACUGAGAGAGAAGAAAAUCAGACGGAAAAUAAGAGACUCGAACACCUAUUCGUCUUUUCCGGAGAUGUUACGGGAUGACAACAAUAGUUCGGUGUCUGUCGAUAGUCUUGAUGAUAGAGUAUCAUCUCCUUUAGGAGGCGCUCAAAAUAAGAGUGAAGCAUAA